GGAGGUGGGGUCAGGGGUCGGAGGUGAGAGUGGGUGGCGCGGAGUGGAGCGUGCGCGGCGAGUGGCAUGUGUUAGAGGCUGAAGAGUUUGGGCGAUUUUACCUCCAUCCUCCUCGUCCCCGCCGCUCGGUCACCCGCUGAAGACGGACAAGCGCCCGCCCAUCAUGAAGGGUAGCCGGAUUGAGCUUGGAGAUGUUACUCCACAUAACAUCAAACAGCUGAAACGGUUAAACCAAGUCAUCUUCCCUGUCAGUUACAACGACAAAUUCUACAAGGAUGUGCUGGAGGUUGGAGAACUUGCAAAAUUAGCUUAUUUCAACGACAUUGCAGUAGGUGCAGUGUGCUGUAGAGUGGAUCAUUCGCAAAACCAAAAGCGAUUGUACAUCAUGACCCUUGGAUGCCUGGCACCAUACCGCAGGCUAGGAAUAGGAACGAAAAUGCUGAAUCAUGUGUUAAACAUCUGUGAAAAGGAUGGAACUUUUGACAAUAUUUAUCUGCACGUUCAAAUCAGCAAUGAAUCAGCUAUUGAAUUCUACAGAAAAUUUGGCUUUGGAAUAAUAGAAACUAAAAAGAACUACUACAAGAGGAUAGAGCCAGCUGAUGCACAUGUUUUGCAGAAAACCCUCAAAUACAUUUCUCCUUGCCAGAGUGUGGAAAAUCAGAAGUGAAAUUGUGGCUGAGCUUGCACGUUUGUUGCCAAAAAAAAGUCUGUACAGACGGUUGGGGGGCGAGCGUCAAGAGGAACCUGUUCUCUACAACGCGUUGUGGCAAUAUUCUUACCACGUUAACCUGAAACCACUCAAAAUUAUUCUCGCAUAAAGCAUUCUGUAUCUUCACCAGUUAGAAUUAAUGUAUCUGAAACAAGCAACCCAUCUGCCAGAACUGUAAUCAAAGCAUGGGGUUUGGGCAUGUUUUUAUUACUUUACCAGGUUCUAAAUGGGAUUAUUUUUGUUUUGUUUUCCAAUUCAAACGUGCAAAGAAGUGAUCUGAUUUUGUAUUUUAAAAAAAUUCAGACCUAUUCGUGCAUAGUUCAUUUUUUCCAUAAAAGUUGAAUUAGUACUUUAAAGAACUAAUUGUCCUACAAACUUAUUUGUGCCUAUUGGAGUUAUAUCUCCCACUUUUCAUUUCAUGGAAUAAAUAUUUCAAUUUUAACGGUGA